AUGGUGCUGGAUGAGAAUGAGCAGAAGGCUCUAACGGAUUUAAAGAGAAAAAGGGGUGAAAUAAAGGCUUCUCUCACACGUAUUCGUACAUUUGUAACCAAGUUUGAUCCAACGCAUCAGGCCGCAUCGUUACUCGAGUUUAGGCAAGAAGAGCUGCCACAAAUCAACCGAAAAUUUGAUGACGUACAGUCGCAGAUAGAGUUGCUUGUUGGGGACGAAGAGGCUGAGGUAGAAAGGGAAAAUUUUGAACAAGAUUAUUUUGCAAUUAGAUCUCAGAUUCAGGAACUAACUAGCUUGGAAAGGCCUCAUAAUUCAACAGCAGUCAAUGCUUCAUUUGCAGCUAUGAGCAUCCAUCGACAUCAGUUACCACCUAUUCCGCUUCCAAAAUUCAGCGGUAACAUCCAAGAAUGGGCUUCAUUUUUUGAUGUAUUUCGAGCGAUGGUUCAUAACGACGAGAAUUAUACCACAGCACAGAAAUUUUUCUAUUUGCGAUCAUGUUUGGAAGGUCAAGCUUUGGAGCUCGUCCGUUCAAUUCCAGUCAGCGAUGGAAAUUACGAAGCAAUCAUCUGUCAGCUUAUUCAACGAUACGAUAACCAUAGUCUUGUGGUGCAAUCUCAUAUCCGCUCCAUCCUCGACUGCCCUCGAGUAGAAGAAUUAAGACCUUCUACUUUACAAGGACUAUAUUCUACAGUUUCCACUCAUGUUGCAGCAUUAAAAUCAAUGGGUCAGCCUGUGGACCAGUGGGAUGCGUGGCUCAUUACAAUCGUCACUAGCCGAUUAGACAGAAGUACGGCGCAUGGAUGGCAAUUGCAUCAGCGCAACUCGAGGCUCCCGAAAUACUCGGACUUGGAAAUAUUUAUAGCAAGUCGUUGCACUGCUAUAGAAACUUCAGAGGCUUGCACAUCGACGUGGGAAAGUAGUUGUGAAGUUCAAGCAAAGGGUUCAAGCUCUAAGAAGACUACAUUGAACAGUGCAGCAAAAAGGGCACUUAUUUCUGCAAAUACCAAGUCAGCACGUCCAUGUCCUUGUUGUUCCGAGAGUCAUAGGCUGUUCAUGUGUGAGCAAUUUAAAGGCCCUUCGGUAUCGGAACGUCUAAACAUGGUGAGGAUGUCCCAGCUAUGUUUCAACUGCUUAGCACCAUUUCAUACUUCGGAAAAUUGUAAAUCAAAGUAUACGUGCUUAAAAUGUAAACAGAAGCACAACACGCUCCUGCAUCAUGAGAAGCAUACGACUAUCGCCAGCAACAACAGGAAUAACGACCAAUUUGGCGAUAACACUCCUACUACAUCAGCGCAACACUCAAGUAACAUAGCAGCCCUUGCCACCGCAGGAGGAGGUCAUGUAUUCCUUUCCACAGCAUCUGUCCUGGUUGCAGACAACAGCGGUCAAUUAAGGAAAUGUCGCGUUAUACUGGAUGCGCCCGUUCCCGGCGCAAACAACAACAUUGGAUUAGGUCACUGUAACUAG